AUGAGUUUUGCAAGUAAAGUGGUCAUAGUAACUGGCGCUAGUUCCGGCAUUGGAGCCGCUACAGCAGUGUUAUUCACCAAAGAAAGCGCCGACGUAGUAAUAGUUGGCAGGAAUGAGAGCAAACUGAAGAAUGUAGCAGAUAAAUGCGCACUCAGUGGUAACACUCCAUUUGUCAUCAACGCAGAUGUAAGUAAUGAUGACGAUGCAAAGAGAAUAGUCAAUGAAACCAUCGACAAAUUUGGUAAAAUAGAUGUUUUAGUUAACAACGCUGGAUUAUUUCACGCUGGUUCUAUAAUUGAAAAUAAUAUAUUGGAAGCAUACGAUAAAGUAAUGGCUGUGAAUCUGCGUGCAGUAGUACAUCUUACAGCUGUAGCUGCACCUCAUAUUAUCAAAACUAAGGGCAAUAUUGUGAAUGUGUCCAGUAAUGCAGGAAAAACCCAUUCAUUGCCAGAAUUCAUAGCAUAUAAUGUCUCAAAAGCUGCAUUAGAUCAUUUCACUCGCGGUGCUGCUCUAGAAUUAGCUUCUUCGGGUGUAAGAGUAAACGGUGUCAGUCCAGGACCAGUGAAGACAGAUUUUAUAGAAAAUAAUGCUAUGGCAGACGUAUCCUGGGAUAAAAUGGCGCCAUUGGUUCCUCUAAAAAGGGUAUCUGAACCUGAAGAGAUUGCUGAACUUAUUCUAUAUCUAGCGAGUGAGAAAGCAAAAGGUGUUACAGGAUCAGAUUUCAUUUGUGAUAAUGGUGGACUUUUAUAG